AUGUACUCCACAAAUAACUCUGGGUGGAGACAGUUAACUCCCUAUAAUCAGUAUGAAGAGCAAAGAGUCCCCGAUCUUGACAUUGUGUUUGCAGAAUUCAUGGCAUAUCAUGCUAGUUCUAAAGCUAAUCAUAAUGCAAUACAAAAGCAGGAGAUUCAAUGUGCUAAAGUUUUUUUUGAAGAUUAUCAAGGGGAACUAGAGUCACAAUUCUACUAUCAAAAUGAAUUAGAAAGGAGUUUCAAUCUGGACAUUUUGUUAAUGCAAUUCAAGGAUACAAUUGGAUCAAUUCAACGGGCAUUUAAAAGUGCAGAAAUUCAGGUUGGUAAGCUGGUAGAAGAAGUGACUCAAGCUAUGAGCAGAAGAGAAGAAGAGAUUGUAAAGGUUGACACUCAAGAGGAGAGCCCUGUGAAUGAGCAUGAUUUAGAAGAAGAAGAUAAGGAGAAAGCGCAACAAUGGAAACAAUGCUUACAAACACACACUCAACAAGAAGAUAAUUUCCAAGUUAACACAUGUUCUCAUCAACUGACUAUCAAAGAAGAAAGGCAUGAAGACCAUGAGGCUUCAAUCAUUCUAGGACAACCCUGUCUGACAUUUGCUAGUUGUGUUUUCGACAUGGGUAAAGGUAAAUUGGAACUGAAUGUAGAUGAUCAAAAGAUCUCGUUUGAAUUAAUUGAAGCAAUAAAACACCCAGAUGACAGUAAAGAUUGGUUUGAAGCAGAAAUAUCGGAGCAGGAGAUGAAAUUAACAGCCUCAGCCAUGAUAUUACAGACGCCUAGGGAGAAAGAAUUUGAAUAUGUGACAGAAUGGCUAGUCAAUGAAGAUGGAGGAAGAAUGCUAGCUUGUAUUCAAGAGCUGGGGGAUCCAGACGAUGAAUCUAUUAGUCAUGUGAUGCUUGAAGAAUUGGAAAACAAUAGACCAAAAGAAAAACCCAAAGUAGAAUUAAAGACCCUUCCGGCACAUCUAAAGUAUGUAUUCUUGGAGGACAAUGAGACCAAACCUGUUAUAAUUAGCAGCUCCUUGCAGAAGAAAGAAGAGGAUCAACUGGUACAGAUUCUGAAAAGUCACAAAGCCGCUAUUGGUUGGCUCAUCUCUGAUAUAAAAGGAAUCAGUCCCUCAUAUUGUAUGCACAAAAUUAAUAUGGAAGCUAAUUACAAGCUAGUGAGACAACCUCAAAGAUGGUUGAAUCCAAUAAUGAAAGAAGAAGUAAGAAAGGAAGUACUCAAGUUGUUAGAGGCAGGGCUCAUUUACCUAAUCUCGGAUAGUUCGUGGGUUAGUCAUGUUCAAGUUUUUCUGAAAAAGGGAGGUAUGACAAUGAUACAGAAUGAUAGAGAUGAGCUAAUUCCUACAAGAACAGUUACUGGGUGGGGGAUAUGUAUAGAUUAUAGGAAGCUAAAUGAAGCCACCAGGAAAGACCAUUACCCGCUUCCCUUCAUGGAUCAAAUGCUUGAGAGACUUGCAGGGCAAUGUUUUUACUAUUUCUUAGAUCGAUACUCGGGCUACAAUCAAAUUGCAAUGGAUCCUCAGGAUCAAGAAAAGACAGCUUUCACAUGUCCUUUUGGUGUAUUUGCUUAUCGCCGUAUGUCGUUCGGUUUAUGUAAUGCCCCAGCUACUUUCUAG